AUGCAGCGAAGGAAAGAUGACAACGCCCCGACAUCGUCGCGCCGUGUGGGGAGCUCUAACCGGAUCCGUGAAGACGGCGGCGGGCGAGGGGUGAAGGUCGGGGUGCCCGUUGGUGCAAUUCAACACGCUCUCGGAUAUCCCCCGUCGGGUGGCGUUGAGGCGAGGCCUCUCGAGGAAGGUGAAACGACCGGUGCGAGCACGCGUCCCUUUAUCGAGGUCGAGGUCGAAACCACGCAGGGUUACGUGUAUGCCGGGAAGUUGGUGGAGAUCGACGCGCACUACAACAUCACCUUGCGCGAGGCGAUGGUGCGGCGCGAGCGCGCGUGCGAUGUGCAGCGCGCCCUCCGCCGCGAACACUGGCGGCAGCAGCAGAAGCUGAUGUUUGGGAUGAUGAACCACGACGUGCCGCUUUCGGUGCUCGGUGUGGAGGUAGGGGAGGAGCGGGCGGAUUCGGCGACGCGCCCGCGGUAUGUGGGUACCACCUUAAUUCGGAGUAGUAGUUUAUUCAUGAUCCGCUUCAUAGGCGAUGGCGCCAUAGCUGCCAUAAGGGAUAAGUCUGCGGAGUGCCACGGCGAGGGAGGUCCGAGCCGGAAGAAGGCUCGCUCAGAGUCCUCGCCACAGUCUGCUCUGCGGCGAGCCUUCGUAGAGGCAGCCACAGCGGCAAAGAAGGCAAUUGAGCAGGAACGACGUAAAAAUCGCUUGGAGCGCCAAAAGCGAAAGACGGCGGCCAAGACGGAGACAGCGAUAAAGAAAUAA